AGUCGGGACUCUCAACAUCCCCACGAAUAAGCUUACAAAUAAAAACUGUUCCAAGCAUAGUUCUACGGUUAUACAAUGCCAAGUACCACGGUAUAUUGCGUCGCCAUUUCGAGAUGUUCAACUACACGGAUUCGCCGACGCAUCCUCGCACGCCUACGGUGCAGUAGUUUACGCUCGAGUUGCAGUUGGAUGCAGCUUUCAAGUAACUCUGGUUGCCGCCAAAACACGGGUGGCCCCGAUCAAGCCCGUAUCAAUUCCACGUUUGGAGCUAAACGCUGCGUUACUUCUAUCUCGAUUGCUUUCUAUUGUCAAAACGUCGCUAACAAUUCCUCUUUUCAGCACGAGCUGCUGGACAGAUUCAGAAAUUGUGCUACACUGGCUUUCAGCUCCCCCUCGACGGUGGAACACCUACGUCUGCAACCGAACUUCUGAGAUAUUUAGCGACUUUCCCCGUAGCUGCUGGAACCAUGUUCGCACGGAAGACAAUUCUGCUGAUUGUGCUUCCCGAGGACUUCAUCCGUCAAAGCUUCUGGAGCAUCGACUGUGGUGGAAAGGUCCGUCCUGCCUAGCCACACCCACCUCUGAGUGGUCACCUUCUACAAGCAAGUUCAGCGUAUCUUCAAGUUUCGAUGUCAACACCGAAGAACGAGCCAUAAAGCCCACGACUCUACAUAACUUUCCUGAUGAAAGUAUACACGAGUUACUCAUCCACAAAUUCUCAACCUGGACGCGUCUUAUAAGGGUAUCUAGCUACUGUCAUCGCUUUAUUCACACUCUGCGAUCCCAUCAUAGGAAUUCGGCACCAUUCCUUACGUCUGAAGAGUUGCUGGACGCACAGCGCCGACUUAUUCGACAUGUGCAACAAAAAUCCUUUGCCAGAGAAUAUGCGCAGCUAGAGAAUCGACGCCAGCUUAAAUCGCAUCUUAUCCGGUUUUCUCCGUUUCUGGAUGAUUAUGGAGUAAUGCGAGUCGGUGGGAGAAUCGAGCAAUCUACAUUCAACUACAACGCCAAGCAUACCUAAAGAUACACCACUAGCUGGACUGCUGGUUCGACAUUUUCACGUCUCCUAUCUGCACACUGGAGUUGAUGCAACGUUCACCAAUCUUCGUCAGCAGUACUGGAUUCUGGGAGCCCGCAAUCUCGUCAGAAAGGCAGUCUUCCAAUGCAAAUCCUGUUUUCUUCAACGAAAGGGCACAAGCAACCAGAUCAUGGGAGAGCUACCAAUUCCUCGAGUUCAAGCUAGCCGCUGCUUUCAACACACAGGGCUGGACUACGCUGGACCGAUCGCAAUCAAGGAAUCAAAGGGAAGAACUCCACGCAUCGGAAAGGCAUGGUUUUCUAUUUUCGUGUGCCUCACUACAAAGGCACUUCACAUCGAGGUUGUUAGUGAGCUAACUACACAGGCUUUCAUCGCAGCCUUUCAAAGAUUCAUUGCCCGCCGAGCGAAGCCUACUGACCUGUAUUCGGACAAUGGAACUACAUUUCAUGGAGGCAAGCAAACUUUGGAUGACAUGAGACGUCUGGCCAUUCAACAAGCCAAAGAUGAGGAACUAGCAGGAUUCUUUGCCAAUGAAGGGAUUUCUUGGCACUUUAUACCCCCGUCUGCUCCCCAUUUUGGAGGGAUGUGGGAAGCUGGAAUUCGCUCAAUUAAACUCCAUAUGAAACGGAUACUUGGAUCAAAGGCUUUAACGUUUGAGGAGCUCUCUACUGUCCUGACCCAAAUUGAAGCUAUCCUGAAUUCACGCCCGCUGUGCCCAACUGGGGAUAAUUCUUUGGAUCCACUGACGCCUGCUCAUUUUUUGACUGGAUCUCCGUAUACUGCAUUGCCUGAACCCUGUCGUCUGGAUAUGCAAGUCAAUCGAUUGGAGAGGUGGAAUCAGCUGCAAGCCAUGGUUCAAGGCUUUUGGAAAAGGUGGCAUAUGAGAAUCUGAAGAUCGACACACUGGUAGUACUCAAGGAGCCCAAUCUACCGCCCUCUAAAUGGAUUCUUGGCCGCAUCACCGCAGUGCACGCAGGAAUCGACAACAAGGUCCGAGUCGUUACAGUGAAGACUGCUCACGGAUUAUACAAACGCCCAAUUGCCAAAAAAGCUGUACUGCCUCUCUGCUGAACAACCGUUCAGGGGGGCCGGUAUGUUUGGGAACGAGACACCCUGUAUACGCGAACAAGUCACCCUUUAUCUUUGUUUACAUUAUCAUUUGUCUGCAGCUUCAGCGGAGCUUAUCAGCGGAAUCAAUGUAAGCAUCGCACCGCUGUAAUUGUCCGCGAGCUUGCCCAGUACUUUUCCAAACUUCUAACUCCCUUCUAACUGUAACUUGUUUACGUCUUAUGCUAGUUUAAUCGUAUGGCGUGAGUACAGCCAAAGCUUAAGCUAGUCACAUUUUUGAUCUGCGAGAAAACGUACGCAUCGGUGUCGAACUAAUUAAUAUUAAGUGUCUGAAAUUAACCAAUAAAUCAAACUAAACAGUAACACUGGCGGCUUUAUUUAUGAACAACGGUCAAUAAUGGUACGUCAUGACGUAAAACUUUUAGAUGGUGAGUUUAAGUCAGCUGCACAGAACUCAAUAAUUGAUUUAGCGGCCAUCUAUGGCUUAGAACAAUAUGGAGUAUCCUGGAAUAAUACACUGGAUGAGGUUUUAAAAGGUCUAGAUAUCAAAAGAUGUGCCUUUACGUACAUCUCACAGAGCAAAAGGACAUUGCUGUUUACGUAGACGACUUAAUUAUCAUUUAUCCUACCGAGAGAGACAUAAAAAGAAAGAUUGCUGAAAAGUUGGAGACACAUGAUAGCGGACCCUAAAAAACUUUCUUGGAAUUGAAGUUAAGCGAGCUGGUGAACGAGGACAUGUAACAAUGUCCUUAUUAGCCAACUAUGGGAUGCAGAACUGUCGAUCUGCGCCCACGCUGGUUGCGCCUUGAUUUCAAGUUUCUGCAAAUUUCUGCAAAUACCGAUGUCAAUGCUUUUAAAAGUUAUCUGGAAACAGCUAUCAGCCUGGAUAUCUCGCUAAAAUCAGGAGAGGAGAUAGACCAUGCUGUGGAGCUACUCACAAACAAGAUCCAUAAAGCAAGCUAUAUAUGUACGAAGCUUCCAGCCAGAAACUCACAAUCAAAUCAGCUCUAUCUCUCAGUUGAAAUCUGACAGCAAAUACAACACAAGAGAAAUUUGCGUAAAAGAUGGCAAGAAACUCUCUACCCUGCCGAUAAAAGAUCGUCAACUUUAAGAAAUGAAUCUCUCGCUGAAUAUCUUAGAAAUCUAGAUCCACAUUCUUGUAACCACGAACAUAAUUUAUGGAGAGCAACCAAAUAUCUUAAGCGACCUGCAAAAAGAAACACAGUAGUCCGAAACUGUAAUGGCGAAUGGUUUAGAUCUGAUGAUGAACAAGCCAAAGCAUUUGCUCAACACCUAAACUCUGUAUUUCAGCCAAAUGAUAUUGAUAACCCGCAAACAGAAAGAGAAGUAGAUAACUUUCUCGUGUCACCCUGCCAAAUGAGCUUACCCAUUCGUAAUAUCAGUAUUAAUGAAGUUUCAUCAGAAAUUAAAUGGCUGAAUAGUAGAAAGGCUCCAGGUUCGGACAAAAUAGAUGGCAUAACCUUGAAAAAUCUACCAUCAAAGUGUAUACGGUUUCUUACGUUUAUAUUUAAUGCGAUCUUAAGAGUUGACCACUUCCCAAGCCAAUGGAAAUCUGCGGAAAUUAUAAUGAUCUUUUAACCAAUCAAGGCAGAAAAUGAAGUGACAUCGUACCGUCCCAUUAGUUUGUUGUCAAUAUUUUCUAAAGUAUUUGAAAAAAUACUUUUAAAGAGAAUGUUGCCAAUCUUGGACGAAUUCGCUAUCAUACCCGAACACGAGUUUGGAUUCAAUAGGGGCCACGGAACCCCUGAGCAAUGUCACAGAAUUAUAAAUAAAAUUUUGUCAGCAUUUGAGAGCAAAAAAUACUGCACUGCAACAUUUCUUGACGUUCAACAAGAGUUUGAUCGAGUCUGGCAUGACGGAUUAUUAUAUAAAAUCAAAAAGUGGUUACCUGCACCAUAUUUUUUAUUAUUAAAGUCAUACCUAACCAAUAGACACUUUUAUGUGCAACAAAAAAAUGAAUACUCUCCCUUGCAUUUUAUAAAAGCAGGAGUCCCACAAGGAAGCGUCUUAGGACCUGUCUUAUACACCCUGUACACGGCCGAUAUGCCCUUAACAAAUACCUGCACUGUGGCAACAUACGCGGAUGAUACAGCUAUAUUAGCUACCAGCUCAUCUAAAGAGGAAGCCUCACAGCUCCUGCAAGCAGAGCUACGUCUUAUUGAAAGCUGGUUCCUUCUUUGGAAAAUUAAAGUCAACGCCCUGAAACCUGCGCAAAUAACGUUUGCAAUAAGAAGAGGUGACUGCCCAGAAGUGUCAUUUAUUGGAUCAGCAAUCCCACAAAGUAAUUGCAUAAAGUUGGCUUGCACCUCGAUCGCAGACUAACGUGGAAAAACCACAUAAAAGCAAAGCGCCAGCAACUAAAUUUAAAAAGUUUGAAGAUGACCUGGUUGCUUGAAAGAAAAUCUGCAACCACUCUGGAAAAUAAAGUCCGUUUAUACAAAGCUAUACUAAAGCCCGUGUGGACUUAUGGCAUACAGCUCUGGGGUACUGCCAGCAACUCAAAUAUUGAGAUUCUACAACGCUACCAAU